UUUGUCGGUAUCCAAGAAAACACUUAAAAAUUAGAGCUACAAUAGUGUUUCACAAUUAGCACCAAUGUAUAUACUUGGACUUGAAGGAUUGCUGGCUGAAUUGAAUAAAAUUGAGUAAUUUACAAACGUCUGUUACUCAGCUUUCUAAUAUUACUAUCUUUUUUCUAUGCUACAAUCCUGCAAUGCACACAUUUUAUUGGUUCUUUCACAACCGAUGUAUGAAUUGAUGUGCAUUUAUUCAUAGAAAUCAUAUUUUUGUAAAUGGUAACCAGGCAACAAAAAACAUUUGGGAUUAGCUAUUCAAGUUGAUGUUUUAUUUUAAAAUAAUAUGUCUUUCGAUUUUAAUGUUAUGCUCCAAAACCUCAGUAAUAUUUUGACUAUUAACUUUUUGGGAAAUGACAACAAGUGUUUCGCCAACAUGGGAACAAUUGCCAAUUCUAGUUUUAACCAAAGUGCUGAACUAUUUGCAGCUAAUGGAUCGGCUUGUCGCUGGAAAAGUGUGCCAGUCUUGGCUGAAAGCCCUUGACUCGCCUUCCUUGUGGCGAACCAUUUCCAUUCACUUCGAUCGAGAUGUCUUUGUUCUGAACGAACUUUUGAUCGAAGUUGCCCACAGGUAUGGGCAUUACACUACCAAACUGGAACUGGAUUGGUCCAAUCCUCAAAUACAUUUUAUAUUUCAAAGAGGCUUGGGCGUUUCCUUUUUAGACACUCUUUACCAGAAAAAGGUUCAAAUUGAAGAACUCACCCUGAAAGAAUUCGGAUUUCAUUACAGAUGGACAUUUAGACACCGAUUAAAUAUAGUUUUAAAUCAAUUUCUUAGGUGCCAAAACAAUCUGAAACUGUUUCGCAUGAUGAACGAACACGUGCGACCGAACGACGUGCUGCGACUGGUGAACGUGAUCGCUCAGUCGUGCGGUCACGUGCUCCGACAGGUGGACCUCGGCAAUGCGCUGAAGAAGGUGCAGCCGUUCCACUCCAUCCCGCGUCUCAUUGAGUCCAUAUCGCGAUUGUCUGUGCUCACUGACCUCAGCAUCAACUACAAUGUCCUGUCUGACGGCAUCCUACAAGCAAUGGCCACAGCAAACAGUAACCUCAUUAACUUCAACAUCGUUGUCUCCGACACCCUCUCUUGGAACGCGCCGCUGUCUGAGCGGGCCUGGCAACAACUCAAUAAUAGCUGUCCGAACCUUCAGGUCUUCUUGAAGAUAGAGAAAUUUAGUCAUUUUGAAGAGCUGGUACCGAUUUUAGCUCCAAAUAUUCCACUCAGGCGUUUCCAUUUGUACAGUGGCAGGCAUUGGGACCAAAGAAUCAUAAGAGAUCUCCGAAGCUCCUUGAGUCUCCUCAUAAACCAGUAUUCUUCCACUCUAGUCGACUUGAUAAUCAGUGUAAAAAAUAACCGGGAAAUGCUGGAUGACCUUAUUUUGGAAUUGAUCGACAAAUGUGUAAAACUGGAAGACUUACAGUUCAAUGGAGUUAUUCGGGAUUUUGAAAUUAUUAGGGAAAUAUUCGAGUACUUCAAAGCCAAAAAUGUCACGAAAUUCAAAACGUUCAACCUCCAUCCACGUGAAAUAAAUUCUCGAAAUCGUGAGAUAAUCAGAGAGAUAAUGACCGACCAUAGAGAAUAUUUUAAUAGAAAUGAUUUGAAUUACAGUAUUGGGGAAAAUCAAAUUCAAUCAGUUUUUUAUUAUUACAUGUAGAAAAAAGUGAAAUGUUAUCGUAAUUAUCCAAUUUAUUGAUCACUUAGAUGAGCAUAUAUACAUGUAAAUUAAAGUCCUACUAAUUUCAAUAGAAAUUAUUUGAAUUACAGUAUUGGAGAAAAUCAAACUCAAUCAUUUUUUUAUUAUUACAUGUAUGAAAAAGUGAAAUGUUAUCGCGAUCAUCCAAUUUAUUGAUAACUUGAAGGUGUAUAUUUACAUGUAAAUUUAAGUUCAAUUCUAUUCAUCCAUGCGAUACGAUUUGAGAUUUUUAAAAUGAUAUUCCUAGUUAAUCUCACGUCUGCUUAUGAGUAGCCGAGUUAACUAACAGUUCAGCAUUAGAAAAUACAUAUAUUUUCACUUAUUGAUUAAAAUAAAAACGAGAAAAACAUUAUCCGAUGUAAUAAAAUACUUCAUUAUUGGAU